CGGGGUUGUUUCCCGUGGGGAUGGCGGUGCUGCGGCCUUUCGACAAGCUCCCGAUGCUUAACUCCGCCGUCCUCCUGCUCGUGGGCUCGGACGAGGAGAUCCAGCAGAAGCUGGCGGAAGCGAUCCUUCAGGAGAAGAGGAACUUCAACAUCAGCAUCCACCUUGCUACAUCCCUCCCCUUACCUUCAGAGAGGGAUCAUCUUCGACCCAGGAUAGAUAUGGUUGUGUUUAUGAUUGACAUCAAGAGCAAGUACAGCUUGAAGAAUGUCGAAACUUCCCUAGCUCAUGUGGAUGCCAGCUUCUUCCUGGGGAAAGUGUGCUUUCUUGUCACUGGGGUUGGCAGGGUGAAUGCUUGCAGCAUUGAGACGAAUGCCAUCUGUAAAUUAGCAGACACCUACUGCAGUCCUCUGCUAUUCUGUGAGCUGGAGUUGGAAGGGAUUCGGGCUGCUACUGCUCAACGACUUCUUCGAAUGUUAAAGAUCUGUGCUGGUCACAUACCAGGAGUUUCUGCCUUGUCCUUUGUCUUGCUGAUGAGGAGCUCUAAUGAUGAUUAGCUUCUCAUUGUGAUACUUCAGACACAUUCAUCGGGUUUUUUUUCAUGUCAGGCAUUCAAGCUGCUGCAGUUGGCAUCACAUUGGGAAGCUUUUUUUUUUUUUUUUUUUUUUUUUUUUGGUGACUUGUCAUGACCACUCAUCCAGAACUAUUCCUAGUUGCUUACCUCUCAAGAAAAGUUUGAUUCCUAUUCAGAGGAUAACAGAUAGGGAGGGCAGUUUGAAUAGGGGAUUCCUAUCCAUUAUUACAUCUCAAUCCCAUUUCAUGAUCAAGUUUUUUCCACUUGGCCAGCAGCCAGGAGCUACAUAUUUUUAGAGAAUAUUAGAAGAACAGGCUACUGUCUCCAAAGUACCAAAGAAGAGGCAGGAUGCUCCUGCUUUCUUUCAGUUGAAAUGUAGCACCUUAGUCUAAUGUGAAACCUUGCUGCCACGUUUUGUCUGUCCACCAAGGGAUGAAUGGGGAAGGAAGGCUGGCCUGCAACUUCCAGAUAGACUGCACUUGGUAGUUAAUGAUCCUACUGUGUGAGCAUCUGCCCAGCAAAGGACUCACUAUUUCCAUGCCUGGUACCUGAUUGGGAAGGAAGGGACUAAAGAAGAUAGUUAAUCUAGCACUUUAGCUUUCUUUGAAAUCCUUGAAGAAAAAGACCCCAUCUGUCAAGCUCAAGACAGCCUCAGUAACACAGCCUAUGGGGCUGACCAGAGGUGGAACCCAGCAGACCAGACUACAGCAGCACACAGAAAACAGGUUGUCUCAGCUGGUUUGCAAUAUGCUGUGUAUAAUCCCUUUACUAACAGGUUCUGACCAGCAGUAGGUUGUGCCUUGUGCUUAC